UCCUCCUUCCUAGCUGUUCCCCAAGCCUGCCUGGCAGGGGGCCUGGACUCUCUCAGCAUCCCCCUGUUUUCCCUGACUCAGGGCUGCCUGCUGGCCUGAGGCCCUGAGAGAGAAAGUGCUAAUAAGAUUAUAGCCGCUAAAUUUCCCCCCUUACUGCCCAAGUCACCCCAGCCCCUGCACAUACAUGCUCACACCCACACGUCCUAGACAAGCUCUGAGAAAUUCUUGUUUCAGAUUCCAAUGCCAAUGCCAGGGCCACCUUGCCUGCACAUGCAUCGUGGAGAAUUCAGCAGUGGCGACCCCAACACCAGAGGCCCCCAAGCUCCAGGAAUCUCACAGGCCUCGAACUUGACCGAGAGAGUCCUCAAGCCUAGAGGCCCUGCACCCUCCAGUGACCAGGAGCCACCUGUCCAUGCCCCAAGACCGGAAAGGCAACAGGAACCACUGGGAGCACAGGGCUGUCUUCGGUGUGCCGAGCUGGAGAGAGAGAUAGACGACCUGAAAGAGCGAUUAGCGGCCAUGAAGUGCCUCCUCGACAAGUUCCAGGCGCAGUGAAGUGAGAGAGUUGAACCCAGCAUCUUCCUUCCAGACCGGCAGCUGGUACCUCUGGAGCCCAGGAGCUGCGACCAAGCUGGUUCCCUACGUUUCUUCUUCACCCACGGUUUCCUCUCACCCCCUGCUCUUGCCCUCACCUCACCCGAGUUUAUGGGAAAUCAUCAAAUUAAAUUAGCUCUCAUAUUCGCA